AUGCACAGUUGUCAUUAUUUUAGUCAUCUGGAUCCGGACAAGGUCACUCCAGCCCGUUUUCGUUGGCGAACGAUAUGUUUCCAGGAUGUGGCAAGAGCAACGUUAUUCAUUCUGUUAGCCCUAUCCCAAAUUUCAUUUCUUUUUUACUUUUUCUUUCUUGGGAAUGAACCUAAUGUUCUAGCCCAAUUCAGCCUUGUUGGUCUGGCUGCAUAUCUCCACGCUCUAAUUUUUCUAGUCAUUGCUGAGUUGAUCUAUUGGAUCAGUACUGGUUUGUUCAAAUGCGGUUGGUUCAAAUCUCAGUGCAGGUAUAUUAUCAAUGGUCGUUAUCUCUACACGUAUUUAUCCUUACUUUGUGCUUUAUUAUUCAUUUUGGGUGGUCUCUACGUCACGUUCUCCGAUCCUGUAUACACACGAGUGUCGAUUCCCAUAAGAAAUCUCCAUAACGGCGACGUCAAAGUCGCCUUGCUCAGUGAUCUUCACAUAGGUCCUACUGUUGGGCAAAAGAGAAUGAGCAGAAUUGUGGAACUGACAAAUAAAUUGAAUCCAGAUAUCGUAGCAAUUUCUGGAGAUCUCGCUGAUGGUUUUGUCAGAGAUUUUGAGGGUGCAGCUAGUCCAUUAUGCUCAUUGAAAGCUAAAUACGGAGUCUAUUUUGCAACAGGUAAUCAUGAAUAUAUGCAUGGCAACGUUGAGGAAUGGUUUGGUUAUCUGGAAGGAUGUAAUAUAACUGUACUCCACAACUCUCAGAAACGACUUUUGUUGCCUAGUGGUGAUAAAGUAUGUGUUGCGGGUGCUGACGAUCUUUAUGCAGCUAAAGCUCACUUUCCUGGACACGGCAUGGAUGCGCAAAAAGCUGUUGUUGGCUGCCAACCUGGUGAUGCAGUUAUCAUGCUUGCUCAUCAACCGAACGCAGCUCGUGUGAUGCUUGACGAUUCUUUGGUUAGCAAAAGAGUGGAUGUCAUCUUGUCAGGUCAUACCCAUGGCGGCCAAAUGUAUUUAUUCGUCCCAAUAAUAUACCUUGUAAAUGCUUUUGCGAGAGGUUUAUACUAUAACGAACCAACGGGAGUAUAUGUAUAUGUCUCAGCCGGUGUCAACUUUUUCGGGCCACCCAUAAAAAUGUUUGGCGCAUGUGAGAUUAUCGAUAUUAACUUGAAACCAGUGAUCUAA